UCUGUCUGUCCUGCAUGCUCUGGCCAGAGGACCUGGAAGCCCCCAGGACACACCGCUUCAAGGUGAAGACCUUCCAGAAGGUGAAGCCAUGCGGAGUCUGCCGGCAGGCCAUCACCCGGGAGGGCUGUACCUGCAAAGUUUGCAGCCUCUCCUGUCAUCGGAAAUGCCAGGCCAAGGUGGCUGCCCCCUGUGUCCCUCCGUCCAACCAUGAGCUGGUGCCCAUCCGCACGGAGAACGCACCCAAGAAUGUAGUGGACACGGGGGAAGGAGCCUUCGGGGCUGGACGCUCACGGAGAAGCCUGGAGGAAGAAGGCUCCACGAAAGUCACCCCGAACAUCCAGCCCCAUCCCCAGCCCACCAGAAACAUGAGUGUGAGCCGGGCCUCUGAGGACAGCUGUGAGCUGGACCUGGUGUAUGUCACCGAGCGGAUCAUCGCCGUGUCCUUCCCCAGCACCACCAACGAGGAGAACUUCCGGAGUAACCUCCGCGAGGUGGCACAGAUGCUCAAGUCCAAGCAUGGAGGCAGCUACCUGCUUUUCAACCUCUCUGAGCGCAGAGCUGACGUCACGAAGCUGCACACCAAGGUCCUGGAGUUUGGCUGGCCCGACCUCCACACCCCAGCCCUGGAGAAGAUUUGCAGUGUCUGCAAGGCCAUGGACACCUGGCUCAACGCCGACCCCCACAACGUCGUGGUCCUGCACAACAAGGGAAACCGAGGCAGGAUCGGUGUUGUCAUCGCCGCCUACAUGCACUACAGCAACAUUUCGGCCAGCGCCGACCAGGCCCUGGACCGGUUCGCCAUGAAGCGCUUCUAUGAAGAUAAGAUCGUGCCCAUCGGCCAGCCGUCCCAGAGGAGGUACGUGCACUACUUCAGCGGUUUGCUCUCUGGCUCCAUCAAAAUGAACAACAAGCCCUUGUUCCUACACCACGUCAUCAUGCACGGCAUCCCCAACUUCGAGUCUAAAGGAGGGUGUCGGCCCUUUCUCCGCAUCUACCAGGCCAUGCAACCUGUCUACACGUCUGGCAUCUACAAUGUCCAGGGGGACAGUCAGACCAGCAUCUGCAUCACCAUCGAGCCCGGGCUGCUCCUGAAGGGUGACAUCCUGCUCAAGUGCUACCACAAGAAGUUCCGGAGCCCCACUCGGGACGUCAUCUUCCGCGUGCAGUUCCACACCUGCGCCAUCCACGACCUGGCUGUCGUCUUCGGGAAGGAAGACCUUGAUGAUGCUUUCAAAGAUGAUCGAUUUCCAGAAUAUGGCAAAGUGGAGUUUGUAUUUUCUUACGGACCAGAGAAAAUUCAAGGCAUGGAGCACUUGGAGAACGGCCCGAGUGUGUCUGUGGACUACAACACCUCCGACCCGCUCAUCCGCUGGGAUUCCUACGACAACUUCAGCGCGCAUCGAGACGAGGGCAUGGAGGAGGUGGUGGGACACACCCAGGGGCCGCUGGACGGGAGCCUGUACGCCAAGGUGAAGAAGAAGGACUCGCUGCCCGGCAGCACCGGGGCUGGCGGUGCCCCGCGGCCCGCCCUGUCGGCCACCCCCAACCACGUGGAGCACACCCUCUCGGUGAGCAGCGACUCGGGCAACUCCACCGCGUCCACCAAGACCGACAAGACCGAUGAGCCGGGGCCCACGCCCACGGGAGCGCCCGUGUCCCUGAGCCCCGAGGAGAAGCGCGAGCUGGACCGGCUGCUCAGCGGCUUCGGCCUGGAGCGGGAGAAGCAGGGCGCCAUGUACCAGGCGCGGCAGCAGCAGCAUCAGCAUCAGCACCUCCGCGCACGGCCCGCGGGGGCCGCCCCCGCCGCCGCCGCCAACAACGCCGCCGCCCCGCCCACCGGCCGCCACGUGGUCCCGGCCCAGGUCCACGUCAACGGGGGCGCCUUGGCCACCCCCGAGCGGGAGACGGACAUCCUUGACGACGAGCUGCCCCACCAGGACGGGCAGAGCGCGGGCAGCCUGGGCACGCUGUCCUCCCUGGACGGCGUGGCCACCCUCAGCGAGGGCGGCUACCUGGAGGCUGCCCUGUCCCCGCUCACCAAUGGCCUGGACAAGCACUACCCGGCGGCGGAGGCCAUGGUCAACGGCGGGGGCUACCCCUACGAGCCGGCCGGCCGGGUGCUGCCCGCUCACCUGGCCCCCGUGCGGCCCUCCUACUCCGCGCAGGAGGGCUUAGCCGGGGGCUACCAGUGGGAGGGGGGCCACCGCCCCGCCUGGCCACAGCCAGGGGCCACCCCCCACUAUGGCCAGGACCCCAGCAGCGGGAUGUUCCGCUCUCAGUCCUUCCCGGAAACCGAGCCUCAGCUGCCCCCGGCCCCCACGCGUGGGGGGAGCAGCCGGGAGGCCGUGCAAAGGGGCCUGAAUUCCUGGCAGCAGCAGCAACAGCAGCAGCAGCAGCAGCCGCGCCCGCCCCCUCGCCAGCAGGACCACCGAGCCCACCUGGAAGGGGUCGCGUCCAGCAGGCCCAGCCCCCAGCCCUCGGCAGAGACGCCCCCGGUCUCGGGCCUCCCCGAGUUCCCCAGGGCAGCCUCGCGGCAGGAGAUCGAACAGUCCAUCGAGACCCUCAACAUGCUGAUGCUGGAUCUGGAGCCCACCGCCUCGGCUGCCGCACCCCUGCACAAGUCCCAGAGCCUGCCGGGGGCCUGGCCGGGGGCCCUCUCCGGCUCCUCCCACCCGCUGACCCAGUCCCGGUCCGGCUACAUCCCCACCAGCCGGUCCCCGGGGAGCUCAGAGCCGGCCGCUCGGGCCUUUCUGGAGUCCACCCCGCUGCUGGGCCAGCCUUACUCCCCCUAUGAUUACCAGCCGGCUGCCGCGGGGCCCGGCCAGAGCUUCCGGCCCAAGGGGCCAGCGUCUCCGGCGGCGGCGGCAGCCUACUUCCCCGCUGCCCAGGGCCCCCCAGGGCCGCAGCAGCCCCCCACCUCUCUCCCUGGCCUCGGCGCUCAGCCUCAGCUCCCACCCAAGGAGAUGCCCGCAGACCCCUCGCGGACGCCAGAGGAGGAGCCGCUGAACCUGGAGGGGCUGGUGGCGCACCGGGUGGCAGGGGUGCAGGCGCGAGAGAAGCAGCCUACAGACCCUCCGGGGCCUCUCCGGAGGCGGGCGGCCAGCGAUGGGCAGUACGAGAACCAGUCUCCGGAGCCCGCGUCCCCCCGGAGCCCCGGGGUCCGCUCCCCUGUCCAGUGCGUCUCUCCCGAGCUGGCGCUCACCAUCGCCCUCAAUCCUGGAGGGCGACCCAAGGAGCCCCACCUGCACAGCUACAAGGAGGCCUUCGAGGAGAUGGACGGAGCCGCCCCGGCCAGCCCUCCGCCUGCUGGGGUGCGCUCCCCUCCGGGUCUGGCCAAGACGCCCCUGUCCGCUCUGGGUCUGAAGCCCCACAACCCCGCGGACAUCCUGCUGCACCCCACCGGUGUGCCCAGAAGACUGAUGCGGCCAGAGGAGGGUGAGGGCGAGGUGGCGAUGGAGUUCACAGAAGAGCCUCGGAGCUACGUGGAGUCUGUGGUGCGGACAGCGGUGGCCACACCCCGGGCCCAGGACGCCGAGCCCCAGAGCUUCAGUGCCCCCGCCGGCCAGGAGGCGCGGCUGCGGAACGGGGGCCUGGGGGGGCCCUUCGUCUCGCCCAGCCCGCUCUCCACCAGCAGCCCCGUCCUCGGCACUGACAGCACCUCGGUGAGGAGCUUCCCGUCGGGAGACGGCAGUGAGCAGGGGUCCCGGACGCCCCCCCAGGCCUCGCUGGACCCUGGCUUCCGCGCCUACAGUGUGGGCCCGCCGGGCGUGUCGCCGCAGAGGAGUUACCAGAGCGCGUCCCCCCUGCCCCCGGCCGGCAGCGGCGGCUACAGCGGCCCCGACUACGCCCUGCAGCACUUCAGCUCCCCGGAGAGCCAGCCCCGGGCUGCGUUCGGCGCGACCGGAGCCCACGCGGUGCCCGGGAGCCCGCAGGCGCGCCACCGGACAGUGGGCACCAACACCCCGCCGAGCCCCGGCUUCGGCCGGCGGGCCGUCAACCCCGGGAGCCCCGGCCUGAGCCACCGCCAGGCCCUCCACGCGGCCCCCAGCCCCCAGGGCAGCACCGCCACCACUCCGGGGAGCCCCGGGCUGGGCCGGCACCCGGGCUCCCACCAGGCCUCGGGCCUGCACGGCAGUGUGGCCGCUGCCACUCCCGGGAGCCCCGGCCUGGGCCGGCACCCCGCGGCGGCCCACCAGGGCCUCCUGGCCGCCGCUCCCGGGAGCCCCGGCCCGGGCCGCCACCUGGGCGGGUCCGGCGCGGCGGUUCCUGGCAGCCCCGGCCCGGACCGGCACGUGGCCUACGGGGGCCACUCCACCCCUGAGGACCACCGGAGGCCCACGCUGUCCCGCCAGAGCAGCGCCUCUGGCUACCAGGCUCCCUCCACGCCGUCCUUCCCGGUGUCCCCCGCCUACUACCCGGGCCUGGGCAGCCCCGCCACCUCGCCCUCGCCCGACUCGGCCGCCUUCCGGCAGGGCAGCCCCACACCCGCCCUGCCCGAGAAGCGGAGGAUGUCCAUGGGCGACCGCGCGGGCAGCCUCCCCAACUACGCCACGGUCAACGGCAAGGUGUCCGCCUCGCCCAGCACCAGCGGCAUGUCCAGCCCCGGCGGUGGCGGCGUCCACUCCGUGUCCUUCUCCCACACGCUGCCUGACUUCUCCAAGUACUCCAUGCCCGACAAUAGCCCCGAGACUCGGGCCAAGGUGAAGUUUGUCCAGGACACUUCCAAGUAUUGGUACAAGCCCGAGAUCUCCCGGGAGCAGGCCAUAGCGCUCCUUAAGGACCAGGAGCCGGGGGCCUUCAUCAUCCGGGACAGCCACUCCUUCCGCGGAGCCUAUGGGCUGGCCAUGAAGGUGUCCUCCCCGCCGCCCACCAUCGUGCAGCAGAAUAAAAAAGGGGACAUGGCCCAUGAGCUGGUGAGGCAUUUCCUGAUUGAGACGGGCCCCAGAGGAGUCAAGCUCAAGGGCUGCCCCAACGAGCCGAACUUUGGCUCCCUGUCCGCCCUGGUCUACCAGCACUCCAUCAUCCCGCUGGCCCUGCCCUGCAAGCUGGUCAUCCCAAACCGCGACCCCACAGAUGACUCGAAAGACAGCGCGGGUCCUGCCAACACAACCAGCGACCUGCUGAAGCAAGGGGCAGCCUGCAACGUGCUCUUCGUCAACUCCGUGGACAUGGAGUCGCUCACCGGGCCUCAGGCCAUCUCCAAGGCCGCAUCCGAGACGCUGGCUGCUGACCCCACGCCGGCCGCCACCAUCGUGCACUUCAAAGUCUCCGCCCAGGGAAUCACCCUGACCGACAACCAGAGGAAGCUUUUCUUCAGAAGACACUAUCCCCUCAACACGGUCACCUUCUGCGACCUGGACCCACAGGAGAGAAAGUGGAUGAAGACCGAGGGGGCUGCCCCGGCUAAGCUCUUUGGUUUCGUGGCCCGGAAGCAGGGCAGCACCACGGACAACGCCUGCCACCUCUUUGCCGAGCUGGACCCCAACCAGCCGGCCUCCGCCAUCGUCAACUUCGUCUCCAAGGUCAUGCUGAGCUCUGGCCAGAAGCGAUGAGCACCCCCACCCCCACCCCCACCCCCCACAACCCCACCUCCACCUCGGGCCCAGAGCCAGGGCAGUGGGGCCGGGGCCUGUGGGGGAGGGGGACCCGUGAAUCCUGACCGCUCUUGACCCCAGAAGGAGGGAGGACUCGGGGGCCGAUUUUGGAGAAGGAGAGAAGAAAGUGCCGCGUGAGGGAGAGGAAAGUGAAAGGCAGCGGGCAGGGGGAGAGCCGGAGAGAGGAGGGAGGGACAGGAAGGAAGGAGACGCAUUCAGUUCCCCUGGGUCGGUGGGUCCUGAGAACCCCGCCCUGCCCCCCCUCCCGAAGCCUCCGACACUAACCGGGUCCACGGAACGCCCCCUCCGCCUGCACGCUCUUAGCUUGGCGCAUCUCCUGGGAGACUGAGCCAGCCUCCCCAGGGAUCCCCGUUUGGGGAGUGUGGGGGGGGGAAGAAGGGAAGUCAGAGCACCAUCUCUCUGAUGCAGCUUCUCUGGCCACCUCCCAACUGCCCUUGGUAUGUGUGUGUGUUGGGGGGGGGGUUCGGGGGUCUGGAGGCCGUGUCUCUGGCUGCACCUCCACCCCCCACCCCCCGCAGAUUUUUCUCUUUGCCUCUCAGCCAGAACGAUCCACUGGCUUCCUGCCCAUGUGCCUUGAGCGUGCACACACAUACACACACACACACACACACGUGCACGCACACACGCACCUAUGCAUGCGUACAUCCAACAGCUGGGGGUGACAGGAGCACCCGAAAUUAGGGGUGACUCAUUCUCCACAAGUGACAGGGGGUCUCGUUCGCCCCUGUCCUUGACAGGGGUGCAGCUGGCUCUCCCUGAGUGUGUGUGGGGGGGCUCACACCUGCUGCCGCUGGGAAGCUAGAGCGUGGGUUUGAAGACGUGGAGCCCAGUUGCAGACCAGGGUCGGGGGUGGGGUGGGGGAGAGGGCGAGCUCUGACUGGCUACCCCAGCUGUGAGACUCAGGGGUGAAGUGGGGGGGGGUGAGAGUAUGUUCCCACCCGCGCCCCAGCCCCAGCCCCGGGGAGCCCAGGCCAGCCUUAGCUCAGGCUGAGUGCCCCCUCCUCCUCCUUGGCCCCACCCCCUCCCGUGCUGCAGGUUCCUGGUUGCUGCAGCACAAACAAGAUUCUCUGCCCAGCAGCCCCGGGCGGGGAGGGGUCACCCAUCGCUCCUGAGCCCCCCCGCUGCACUAUGUUAGGCUUCAGUGUGCUGGGCUGCUGCAGCCCAGUGGUGUGUGUGUGUGUGUGUGUGUGUGUGUGUGUGUGUGUGUGUCAGAGCCCGGGGGCUGUCACCCAGGCACCACGGAGCCUCCCUGCCAGGCCAGAGGGAGCCGGGCCCCCGAGUGGCAGAGGACACGGUGAGGCCAGAGUGCUGAGGGUGCACAGGGCCAGCCCCGGGGCCCCGGAGGUGUGGCGGGGGGACUCACGGGACUCCCCACCCCGCCCCCGGGAGGGCCUUGGGAGCCCAGAGGGACCCGCUAGAGAGGCGUUGUACUGAUAUAUAAAUAUAUAUAAUAUAUAUGUGAGACAUACUGACGGAAUUUGUAAGCUAAUAAAAUGUAAGAAAAGGAGAAAACAGAAGACUAGGUAAAUUGAUAAGACGUAUUUAUUAUUUCCCGUGCUGCUUGGUUCCCCGUCCCCCCCACCCCUGCCCCCCUGCCCCCCGCCCCCCACUCCCCGCUUCCGGGGAAAUAGCCCCAUCCCGACCCCUUAAGAAGUGAGGAGCCUGAGAGGGGGGGGCCCGUUGUUUGUCUCUGGAGCAGCCUGGGGGCCCUCGGCGCUGACCUGGGGGUUCCCGGGACUGUCUGGGGCUCCCUGGGGGAGGGGCUCUGCGUUCUCUUCCUCUGUGCACCCCCUUCCCAACUCUCUGGUCCCUCAGCAACUAGGGCAGAGCGGGGGAGCUGCCCUGUGCGGCCCCCAGCCAGCGUGGCCCCGUGCAGACCCCGGCCUGAGUGGCCCCCUGUGGACCCCGGCCCGCAUAGCCCUGCUCCUGACAGCCGGGGCUGCUCAGAGCCGCCGUGACCGCGUGGAGGCUCUCCCUCCAGAGUGCUCUUCCCUCCAGAGUGCUCUUCCUUCUGAGGUUUCAACCCCGACACUCAGAUGACCCCCAUCCCACCUCGAGCCCCAGUUUCCCAGAGAGAAUGUCCCGGCCCCCUUUCCGUGUAAAUAUCUCCCCCUCCUGUGGCCGGGCCCGUGGCAGCAGAGGCCAGUUUGCUCCUCCUGGUCCGGAUUAUCUCCGCCCUGGGGCAGCCUCCACGGCUCCCUUUUUUUUGGGGGUCCACCUCUACACACCACACACACACACACACACACACACACACACAUCCACACCCCCCCCACCAUCCCCAAGUGUGUGCCUGGGCCCAGCCAGCCGUGACAUUCAGGCCUGAGCCACCCUGGGAAGGCCCCGGGGUGCUGGAGAGAGGGGCCUUGCUGGGGGCUGAUCUUUCCAGAAGGUUGAGGGCCAGAACCCCGCUGUGUCCAGCCCCUCUCACCCCCGCAGCUGUCCUGUGCCUUGGGUGGGGGCUGUGCUCGCAUGUGUGCACACCCCCGCCCCCCUUCCCCCCACCCCUGCACUCACAGACAGACACAUACACACACACACACACAGCACUGCAGAAUAUUCUUGCCAAAGACUUCCAAGAGAGCACUUUUUCCCAGGCACUGUUCUCGUCUCCGUGUCUGCCCUGUCCCCAACGCUUGCUGUUGUUGAGGGUUGGAAUCUGUCCUCCGGACCGGACCGUGAUGCCUGGUCUUAAAAACCAUCCCCGGGUGGGUGGGGAAGGGUCUGGGGGAAGGGGGGCCAGGAAGACAGCCAGGGCAGGGGGGUGGCUUCUCCCCGCACCCAGACAGAGAGGAGGGUUGCUAGGGGCCUGAGCACCGAGGCCGGCCCCGCCCAGCAGGCUGUGACUGUCCUGGUGGAAGAGGGGACAGACAGGGCAUGGGAAGAGCAGAGCGGGGCCCCGGAGGGGAAGUGGGGAGGAAACGAGCUGUUUCAUCAGCCCCCGGGCCCUGGCCAGGCUCCCUGUGUCUGCCCAGGUGUUUGCGGCCGGGCGGGACAGCCUGUCCCGGGGCUGGGCUGGGUGUGGGUUAGAGUUUCUCCUCCUGCCGCGCUGAAAACAGGUGCAUUCCCGGGAGCCUGCUCCCCAGGGAUGUCAGAUGGGCAGGAGGGGGGCUGUGGGGGCCGGGGAGCACGGGAGGGGCAAGGGGUUCAGGGAGAAGGACAGGCAGGUCCCCGGAGCUGGUGGGGGCUGGCAGAGGCCCCUGGAGGGAUCCCCUAGAUCGGGUGAGUCCAGGUCCCCUCCCGGGCCUGCCUCUGCCCCUAAUGCUCUCCUCCCUCCAGCCCUUGGAGGGUGGGUGAGACACAAAGUGUCUCACAGAGCACGCUCCCCCCUCCCUCCCCACCCAGAGUCCAGAGCCCCCCUCGCCAGUGGUAACAGGAUGUGCGUAUGGGCGUGCGUGCAAGUGUGGGUGUCUGAGUGUGCGACUCUGCCUGUCUCUCUAAAGGAAGUGGGGGUCCGCGCGGGAGGCGAGAAAGGACUGGGCAGCACCCCGCUGGGAAGAAGGAAUCAGGAGGUGGUCACUCAGGGCAGGGCACAGCCGUGGUCGGGGCUGGAGGGCGUCCCUGGGCAGUCAGAGGGACUCCUGGAGUCUCUUUCUAAUCAGUGUUAAGCAGUGUGUCCCCCCCCACCCCAAACCGUUCCCCCCAUCCCCUCCCCCUUGUAUCCUCACUGGGUUCAAGUGUGAGAGAGAGAGAGGACCACAUCCGGUUUGAGCAUCUGAGUGCUCGUCCCCUUUCUCUCCCUGCUGACCUGUCAUUCAGAGUGAGGGUCAGAGAUUGAUUCCUGCCUCCCUGGGGCCCCCCAGUGCAGGAAAACACAGACACGCCCCGAGUCAGCACCCCCUUCCUCCCCCCUCCUCCCCCUCCUGGGCUGUGUAUUUAUAUGGAUGGAAACAUACUUUCUCUUUUGUAUCUGCCUGUAACCUGCGGCUCCGCUCCAGGGUUGAAUGUAUUGUAUCCGAGCUGCCUCACCCCCGCUUGUUCCUCGGCCACCACCCGAUGUAUGGCUUUAUAAAGGAUAAAGUGAAACUC